CCGUGAAUCGUGUCGUCGUCCACCAACAGCUUCGCGUCUCACCUACCCACUUCUUUUCCUCCUUCAAACCAAUGCUUCUCCCCAAUCCUUCCCCUAACUAACAAACAAUAAACCAGACAACCCCCCCCCCCCUUUUCUCAUCUAUGGCCUGCGCCACUAACGCUAUCUCUCUUUCUCUCUCUUCCAACCCCAACUCCAAAUUGUCCUCUGACUUCAUCCCCAAGCUUAAUAGGCCCGUCAAUGUUUCUCUUUGCGCUUCCACUUCCGCUGAGUUGGAUCCCGGACGACUUUUUCUCUCCAGACCCAUUGGACUCAGUCGCAGGAUUUGCGCCAAUGCAACUCCGGUGAUGGAUCAGUCGGUUGGUGAAAGGAGCUCUUCAGUGCCCACUAUUGUUGAGGUGGAUUUGGGUAAUCGGAGUUACCCGAUCUACAUCGGCUCCGGGUUGCUUGAUCAGCAUGAGCUUCUUCAAAAGCAUGUUCAUGGGAAGAAAGUUCUUGUGGUAACUAACACUACAAUUGCUCCUUUGUAUUUGGAUAAAGUCGUUGAUGCGUUAACAAAGGGAAACCCGAAUGUUUCUGUUGAAAAUGUGAUACUACCUGAUGGUGAGAAGUACAAAAACAUGGAGACUCUCAUGAAAGUUUUUGACAAGGCCAUCGAGUCCCGAUUGGACCGGAGAUGUACAUUUGUUGCUCUUGGCGGUGGUGUGAUUGGUGACAUGUGUGGUUUUGCUGCUGCUGCUUUUCUUCGCGGUGUUAAUUUUAUCCAGAUUCCUACUACUGUUAUGGCGCAGGUGGAUUCUUCGGUUGGGGGUAAAACUGGCAUAAACCAUCCUCUUGGGAAGAACUUGAUUGGUGCUUUCUACCAACCUCAAUGUGUGCUCAUAGACACUGACACAUUGAGCACAUUGCCAGAUAGGGAACUGGCUUCAGGUCUGGCAGAGGUUAUAAAGUAUGGGCUCAUCAGAGAUGCUGAGUUUUUUGAGUGGCAGGAAAAGAAUAUGGAGAAACUGAUGGCAAGGGAUCCUGAUGCGUUUGCUUAUGCUAUAAAGCGAUCAUGUGAAAACAAGGCUGAGGUUGUGUCACUAGAUGAGAAGGAAAGUGGAUUGAGGGCUACACUGAACUUGGGUCAUACAUUUGGUCAUGCAAUAGAAACUGGGUUUGGAUAUGGAGAGUGGCUACAUGGAGAAGCUGUUGCAGCUGGCACGGUUAUGGCUGUUGACAUGUCAUAUCGCCUUGGUUGGAUUGACAGUUCAAUUAUGAAACGGGUUAAUGACAUAUUACAGCGGGCUAAGUUACCUACUGCUCCUCCUGAAACCAUGACUGUGGAAAUGUUCAAAUCUGUCAUGGCGGUUGAUAAGAAGGUGGCUGAUGGGCUACUAAGGCUUAUCCUUCUGAAAGGUCCUCUGGGAAAUUGUGUUUUCACCGGCGAGUAUGAUAGAAAGGCCCUGGAUGAUACACUUUCUGCAUUUUGCAAGUCUUAAAUCCAGAUUUUAUUUGUUGAUCUGUUUUAAGCUUUACUUGCACAAUUGUUCUUCCAUAUCCUUGGAUGGUUUAUCUCAAUGGUCAUGCUAAUACUUUUUGUUGUACUCUUUCUCUAGGAUUCUUUCUUUUCUUGAACUCCAUUGUCAAAAGGCUUGUACCAAGUUGCAAUGCCAGUAUUAAUGUAGUCAAUAAAAACUAUAUGUAUGCUAAAGUAUGUAUUUUUAUUAUUUGCUUACUUCA